AUGCUUGGCCCAGACUCCUUUUACGCUGGAGACACUCUUGAAGGUGUCACUAGCACUAACUGGACACACGCCCGUUCACCGGCCCAUUUGACCUGUGAAGUCGCCGCAGCAGCCACAGAAGAAGGGCAUGUCUUUAGAUGUCUCCAAGAUUGUGCGGGGCACCCUUCAAGCCCAGAAGAAGAAGAAGACUGUCCGCGCAAACCACAGGCUCAUCAUCAUGAAGGCGCCCAACUUCACCAGAUUCGAAUCGGAAAUCCCAGGGACCGGGAGACCGAGAAGGGCAAGGACAAAAAUGUCGAGGCUACGGCCACCGCCUUGGCCGCUGCCCUAACCAAUGCCAUCACUGGCGUCGUGACUCAUAGUAUGAUCGAUAUGGAGGCCGCAGAGCAGCGUGGCAGCAUCGCCGGACAGGAGAUACUUUUCAGCUACAUCAACCAUGUUGGAUAUAAUAAGAUUGGAUAG